UGAAAGAAUGUUCCAUUUUAGAAAAAAAAUAUUAGUAGAUGCUACAGAACGCAUAUGCAGAUAGUUUGAUAUUUUAAACUUAUACAUCAAAACAACAAAGAAAAUAGCCAUAUUGAAAACAGGCUUUUACUUAAAACUUACUUAGUCGUUUAAAACUACUUAAUUGUUUUACUUUGAAACCUGUACCGGAAUUUAUUUUUUCCUAUUGUGACAGACUUGGCACACGGAUCUUCGCACUAGCUUUGGUCUGACGGUUAGUAAUAUGAAAAUGUCACUGAAAAUUUCAUGACAGAAGUUACAUGACAGAAAGUAUUUGGACGUAUUGGUAAUCUGUCAGACUACAUUUUGGGACGACGUAAUGCUACCGCCUGUUUGAGACCUGUACAAACUGCAUUAGCUAGUUGGCGCUGACAAGCUAACUAAAAACAAAUAACAUAACAACAAAUAUCAUCAAAACAACCACAAAACUUUUCUCUCUUGUCAUGGAUGAGGAUUUCCUGCUCGCUAUUCGGCUGCAGGAGCAGUUUGAUCAGGAAUACCAGGCUUUAUUAUCUUCAUCAAGUGGUACUGUAGAUGAUAGUUUCGGGCCGAGCAGUAAGAAACGGAGAGUGGAGGUAGCUGGAGGUGGUAGCGAUGUUGUUCCCUACUGGAAACCGAAUCCCCAGCUUGAGAGGCCAAUGUCCAUUGUGGACGAGUCCUGGGAGAUGCUUGACCCUAACCCCGACGUCAGGGCUAUGUUUCUGGAGUUCAAUGACAUGUUCUUCUGGGGUAAACUUAGCGGUGUGGAGGUGAAGUGGAGCUCGAGAAUGACGUUGUGUGCUGGAGUUUGUUCUUAUGAGGGUCGAGGUGGACUAUGUUCAAUCAGGCUGAGUGAGCCUCUGCUGAAGCUUAGACCCAGAAAAGACCUGGUAGAGACCCUUCUCCAUGAAAUGAUUCACGCGCUCCUGUUUGUGACACAAAAUAACCGGGACAGAGAUGGCCACGGACCUGAGUUCUGCAAACACAUGAACCGGAUCAACAAAGCCAGUGGGACCAAGAUCACUAUCUACCACAGCUUCCACGAUGAGGUUGAUGUGUACCGGCAGCACUGGUGGCGGUGUGAUGGGCCCUGCCAGAAGCGUAAACCCUACUUUGGCUACGUGAAGAGGGCCAUGAAUAGAGCUCCUUCUUCUCUGGACCCUUGGUGGGAGGAUCACCAGAGAACAUGUGGUGGCACAUACACCAAAAUCAAGGAGCCUGAAGGAUAUGGCAAAAAAUGCAAAAAAACCAGCAAGACCUCAGAGAAGAAGGCCACAGGAAGUGGCAAGCCUUCAAGUACGACUACAGGUUCUGGAUCACAGGAUAUAAGGAACAUCAUCCCAUUUCGUGGGAAAGGCUUCAUCCUUGGGGGGAAGUCUCAGGACUCAACGUCUUCCUUGCCAUCUUCCAGGCCACCACUUCCUGUUGUGAAAACACCAUUGUCCAACCCUGUCCCCUCCCCAAAGAAGUUCUUCACGCCAUCGUCCCCGACUAAAAGUGUCUCCUCUCCUGUUCACUCUAACAAGACCAAUGGGAUUUCCAACACUUUUACCUCAGUCAGACCAUCCACUUCCAUGGGGAAAAAGCCACCUGUAAAGAGGUCUGUCGGCAACGCGAGCCACUUUGUCAACAUAAACGGUUCACCAGUGAAAAUGCCAAAAUUCCAGAGCAGUAGUAGCAGCCAAGGAGGAGAUAAGAUCAAACAGAGUUCCAUUGACGACCUUUUUAAUAGCACAAGCCUCAGGAAGUCAGAGACCAAAAGAGACUCACUGAUAUCACCAAAGUCUUCCACAAAUGCUGCUUCUGCCUCCUCUAUAUUUCAAAAACAACAAAAUAAUCAUUUGACUUCCUCUCCCAGCACGCCCAGUCCCAGCCCUGACAUAACAAACCAUUCCAAGGUCUCAUCUGUAGUUACAACCGGAUCCCAGGGUAGCACUUCAAGACCUGUACAGUCCAAGUAUUUUACUAAUUCUGACAGUGACAGCACAUCAGCGGCUGUGGGUAGGAAUCAGACGCCAAGACAGAGGUCGUGGGAUGACCGCAGCAGCUCUGCCAGCAUCUUUGACUUCUUCCAGAAGACCUUAGGCAGCGAUUCAGCAACAUCGAAGGAAUCAAUUAAGGCAAAAUCACCAGAAGUGCUGCAGAGAACUACCAGUGCCACCACCACACCCUCCUCUUCUGCUUCUCUGCAGUCCUCAGCAGGACUGCACAGUGUUGCCUCCUCUUCUUCAUCCCCCUCCUCCUUUGCAGUGAUGGUCUGUUGUCCAGUGUGCCAAGCAAAGAUCCAGGAGUCAAAGAUCAAUGAGCAUCUUGAUUCCUGCCUCUCUUGAAUAAGGAGGUGAUAACUUUUAGAAAGUCAGAAUAAGUUUGAUGUUGCACUAAAACUUCUUAACUUUGGAUGUUCAAUAAAAUUUUAUCCUUGUUUGUUCAGUAA